GGCGUGCCCUCGUGGAAUUUAGAAUGUUUCCGCAGCCAAUGGGGCCUCGCGGCCGGCUGCCGGGGCUCCUCAUUGGAGGAGAGAGGAGGCGAGCGAGUAGAGGGCCCCUGGAGGGAGCCGCGGAGGUGCAGGUCGGAGAGGCCGGGCUACGCCGUGCCCUGCGCGUGAGCAGCUGCAGGGGCAGCGGCAGCAUCCGGCGGCGGUGUCUGCAGUUCCACCCCGUUGCUUUACUUUUUAGCUGCACGAACGUAGUCAUUAUGCCGAAGAGAAAGUCUCCGGAGAAUACAGAGGGCAAGGAUGGAUCCAAAGUAACUAAACAGGAGCCCACCAGAAGGUCUGCCAGAUUGUCAGCGAAACCUGCUCCACCCAAACCUGAACCUAAACCAAGAAAAACAUCCGCUAAGAAAGAACCUGGAACAAAGGUUAACAAAGGUGCUAAAGGGAAGAAGGAGGAAAAGCAAGAAGCUGGAAAGGAAGGUACUGCACCAUCUGAAAAAGGUGAAACUAAAGCUGAAGAGGCACAGAAAACUGAAUCUGUAGAUAACAAGGGAGAAUGAAUUGCCAUGAAAAAUUGGGGUUGAUUUUAUGUACCUCUCGGGGCAACUUUUAAAAGCUAUUUUUACCAAGUAUUUUGUAAAUGCUAAUUUUUUAGGAUUCUACUAGUUGGCAUACAAAAAUAUAUAAGGAUGGACAUUUUAUCUUCUCAUAGUCAUGCUUUUUGGGAAUUUCCAUCAUCCUCAAGUAAAAUAAAUAUCAGUUUAUUAUUGAAAGCUAUGUGUAAGAUUGAUUGAGCAUUCCAUGCACUUGCUUUAGAAAUUGGGUCCUGUGGAUACUGUGGUGUUUUUACCGUGCAUAUUUAAAUUUUUCACGCAGUUUUUCUAGAGCAAUAAUCAGUGGUGCUUUUGUACCUAGGUUUUAUGUGGUUUUAAUGAAACAUGGAUAGUUGUGGCCACCUGCUGACUAUUUGUGGUUUAAAAUAAAAGGUUUUCUUGCCUGUGAAA